CCGAGAAUUUCUACGAAACUGCACAUCCGACCUUUAUUCAUCUCUUGCUUUCUCACGACGGGUAAUUAAAUUUACCGUUGCUCAGAUAUUAACUCGCGUUUUUUUCCCUCCAGUUUCCUCCUGUAGUAUAUAAGAAAUAUAUUCACCGCUGUAUCUCUGCACAAGUAGAGAAAUCCCCGCACCUUUGUAAAGGUUCGCGUCGGACAUGGAAACCAUUACUGAGACCGGCACGAAAUCCACUCGCAACUGCCAGCUAGAAACUUUAAUCCGUAUGGAACCCGAUUAAAAUUCCAGGCUAUGCUUUAAUGCUUUAUCCCAUGCGCUGGCACAAAAUUCACAGCGUCGCCGCGCGUGUCGACCAAAAAUCAUCGGCUUCCCAGCCAUAAGAAAAAAAAAUCAAAAUAAUAGAAUCAUCAUCAUCAUCCAUCGUGUAAAUUUCUAAAAGAUAGUUCGACUAUGGCGAGUCAUGUGGCACCGAAGAGCAUUUUGAAGCGCCGUGACGAGACUGCUAACACUACUGACGAUGACUAUCAGCAACGAAUGAUUAACAGGCAAUCAGUUUCAUGGAAGGACAUAGUUGAAACGGAAAGCGAGUCGACAUAUUUGGAGAAUCCUCCGUCACACCAGCAACGACCACGAAAACACAAGGCGACUCAUCGAUCCAGCUCUUCGUGGCGGAAAGCCAUCGAAGCGAGUCUUUACGGCGACGGUGCUCAGCAAGGAGAAGCACUGCCGCUAACAUCCAACGUCACACCCAACAAUAAAAACCCUCAAUCGCCAUCAGAAAAAGGCAGCAUCAGCACCACGUGCAAGCCGAGAUCCCAACGUGAUGAUCACGUUCAGCAGCGCGAAAACAACGGAAAUUUCUCACAGAAGAAUAAUAAGUGCUCGCCAGAAUUCUCCGACAUGACUUCGCGACAGCCAAGUUCUCGCAUCAUGAUGCACAAACAUCAACAGGAAAUGCAAGAAACUUAUUCAUCAACUUCCGGGAAUAAUAAACCAUUUCGAAGGCUAGGAAACACUUCAUCUUUCUGCUCCUUGGAAGCUUCGGAGCGAAACGAAUGCUGGCCCAAGCCAUUCGAGGCUAAGUACGCAUCCGGAACAGAUUCUUUCAGCGAUGAAGAAUCAACUGCUCCUAAGAAACAACACUUGCCAUAUGACAACCCAAUCAAGACUAGUUUACAUGAGACAAUUAGAUCGAAAACAGGGAAGAACUUCAUUCAUGACCCUACAACCAGUGACUUUGAAGAAACUGAGCAACAUUCAUUUCAAGAACGUCGAGGGAGAAAUGUGAAUCCACAGCGUCCCAAAAAGCUCGAUGUGCAAUUGAGACAUAGUUCGACUAUGGCGAGUCAUGUGGCACCGAAGAGCAUUUUGAAGCGCCGUGACGAGACUGCUAACACUACUGACGAUGACUAUCAGCAACGAAUGAUUAACAGGCAAUCAGUUUCAUGGAAGGACAUAGUUGAAACGGAAAGCGAGUCGACAUAUUUGGCAAAUCCUCAGUCACACCAGCAACGACCACGAAAACACAAGGCGACUCAUCGAUCCAGCUCUUCGUGGCGGAAAGCCAUCGAAGCGAGUCUUUACGGCGACGGUGCUCAGCAAGGAGAAGCACUGCCACUAACAUCCAACGUCACACCCAACAAUAAAAACCCUCAAUCGCCAUCAGAAAAAGGCAGCAUCAGCACCAGCACGUGCAAACCGAGGUCAGUGUGUCAACCAGCGUCAGACAAUCGAGCACUGGCCUCGGACUCCUUUGCCCGGCGACGAAUGCCACGACAUCAGGAUGAAAACAAUGACCAUCAGCAGCAGUCAAAGCCGAAUCCUGCUCCAGAACACGACAUCAACACACGCCACGUGAAUCGUAACUCGAAGGUUUCCAAGAAAAUCGACCCCCGAAGUCGAGCAGAAAGUACUGAACGUGUCCGAAGCAUUCCUGUCGUGCAUAAACCGAUUCGAAGGCGCACGUCGGUGACGACGACGACGAGAGAUCUUCAUGAUGCUGAUGACGACGAAGGGCAAGAAGGACAUAGUAAGCCUAGGCCGCUACUACUCCUUUGGAGAAAGUCUAGGGUUGCACUACUAGUGCAAGUCGUCGCGCUUUUGUUGCCUUUAAAGAGUGUCUUCUUAUUAUUCACGAGCGGUCUUAAGAGGCUCAUGACUUCGCGACAGCCAAGUUCUCGCAUCAUGAUGCACAAACAUCAACAGGAAAUGCAAGAAACUUAUUCAUCAACUUCCGGGAAUAAUAAACCAUUUCGAAGGCUAGGAAAUACUUCAUCUUUCUGCUCCUUGGAAGCUUCGGAGCGGAACGAAUGCUGGCCCAAGCCAUUCGAGGCUAAGUACGCAUCCGGAACAGAUUCUUUCAGCGAUGAAGAAUCAACUGCUCCUAAGAAACAACACUUGCCAUAUGACAACCCAAUCAAGACUAGUUUACAUGAGACAAUUAGCUCGAAAACAGGGGAGAAAUUCAUUCAUGACCCCAUUACCAGUGACUUUGAAGAAACUGAGCAACAUUCAUUUCAAGAACGUCGAGGGAGAAAUGUGAAUCCACAGCGUCCCAAAAAGCUCGAUGUGCAAUUGAGACGUGAAAGGUCUCCGGACAUGUUGAAGCCUCAUAGGAAAUCAGUAGCUCCAAAGCCUUCUUCGACAAAACUAAGUCAGACUUUCAACAAAGAACAUCCAUCGGAACGAUUCGUAAGAGAAUUCCAUGAUACCUCUUACCCAACAUCAGGGCGCGACGAGGCACCACAUUUUCCUGAAAAACCUAAUCGGAAAAGUCCGCCAGAGAAAUUCGCUAGAAAAAGCAUUCAGGGAUCAGAAGAUUCAGGAUUCAAUAGGAAUCAGGAAUACCGAGAUGCAGAUUCUCUACUAGAAUAUGCGUCAACUCAGAAAAAAUCACGCUUGGAAAGGUCUCGAGUUACGGCCACAGUCUCGUCUCAUAAUCAAAGCACAACGAUUAAUUCCGCUGAAAAUGAUGCGUCCGAAGUCCCGUUGCCGCAAAGACUCAAACAAAUUCUCAAUCCAGAUCCAACCUUGAAUCCUUUUCGCCCAAAGUUAAACCCUCAAACAUCAGUGACACGGGACACCAAUAACAAGGGAAUCCGGGGACUACAUUCUAAAACUUCGAUGGAAAGCAACCCUUAUCGAGAUUCUGAUACCGGAUUGGCUGAGGAACACAAGGAGGAUCCAUGUUUGCUGUCGAAAGCUUCUAUGAAAUUCAAGAGAAAUGCCUUUGUCAACGAAGUGGAUAUUGACUCAUAUGCAAAGUUUGAUGACGAAGACGACAGGGAACUGAUAUCCAGUGGUUGUCAAAGUCCACCAUCUGCGCAAAUCUUGAACAUUGGCAGGCAUAUGAUCAAACGCCCGCGACCAUCUGCCAUGAAUAUACCUAAAACUUCCAGAGGAGAUUCGGCAGCGCGUCAACGUGUGCUUGAUCGUAGCGAGCCAAGCACCAAAAGCUUUGACGUGUCAUUCUGCCAGCAUUUGUUGGUGGCCAACGAGCCGCUACCCGAAGAUGAUGAGAUGUCGACAAAAACGGAUACGGUGUCGACGUCGAAAAGUGUCGAGAUUGGCGAAGAAAAUAAUAAGCCCGUCGCGAAUAUUAGGACCAAGGUCGCGACCUGCAGAACGACGUCGAGUGGACCGAGUUGCAGUCGAGGUCAGCAGCCCAGCACCGCCUUUAAGCAGGCGCUUAAAGGGUGA